GCACAGUCUUUUUGUAUUUCACACAAUAAGGUUAUUAUUGCCGCCAGGUUAUUACUAUGGAGACGGAUGUCGCCGCAAGAAGGCUCGAGCGUCUGAAGCGCGAGGCCGAGGUGGAGAUGCGCCGAAAAAUGGAUGACUCGAAGCGGAUAAAGCCAGGCAAUGCAGCGCCCUCGGGCCGCCGGACAGCUGGCACGGCGCCCUUCGUGCCCGUUGACAGGUUCCGCUAUGCCGUGGUGGAGGAGCUGGAGGCGGGGGCCAAGGGCUUCAUUGUCACGUGCAACUUCCGCAAGGAGAAGAGCGCCACGAGGGAGGCCUCGCAGCUGCUGCGGAGGUACAUGCCCGAGCACCUCUUCCCGCCGCCGCCUGCGCCAGCGGCCGCGGCAGCAUCUCAGGCGGAUGACCGGGAGGGGGCUCAGCAGCCGGGUCAGGAGCAGACUGCAGCUGCGGCUGCGGCAGGGGCAGGGGCAGGGACAGCGGCAGGGGCAGGCGCAGGCGCGGAGCGUCAGGGACGUGUGACGUUAGCGGCGGUGGAGGACGCCCAGGAGGAGGACGUGGAGGAGGAGGCGGACAGUGACAGCGAAGACGAGAGCGAGGAAUGUGGGCUGUUGCUCGGAGGCCAGGACCAAGUGGAUGGCGACGCAGGGGCUGCGGCUGUGGCAGCAGCUGCCACAGCACUGGCAGCGGGAGGUCGUGGUGGAGCAGCCGCAGACCACCACCCAGAGCCGUCUGCUCUGGGCCUGGCAAAGGUGGGCUGUCGCGGUGUGGUGGUGAUGCGUCUUUCCAGCCGGGCUGCGGCGGAGGUGGAGCCGGUGCGGCUGCUGGAGCGACUGCUGGAGGACCUGGAGGCAGCGAGGGCGGCGCAGGCGACGGCCAAGCAGCAGAAGCAACAGGGCAAGCAACACGGAAAGCAGGGGAAGGGGAAGGGGAGGGGGGAGGAGGAGGGGAAGGAGCAGAAGCAGGUGGAGCCGGCUUUGGAGCCGGGGGCGGCAGCUGCGUCGCCGCCGCUGCAGUUGCCCAAGCACUGUCAGCGCCUGGUGCCGCUGGACGCCACCUGCGCCUUCACAGCCGCGGGACUGUCGCGGGCAGUGGCGGACGCAGCGGACGCCCACCGCCGGCGCCUGGCCGCCGCUGGCACGGCAGCUGAAGGGCCACAGGCCGCGGCCAACCAAUCGCUGCAGCCCUUCACCUACGCGGUGCUCUACCACUCGCGCGAUACUGCUGAGGCGCCCGCGGCGGCGCAGCAGCCGGCAUCUAUGGCGGCGGCUGCGACCACCGCAGGGCCGGCGGCUGGUGCGGCGGCGGAGGAAGCGGGAGUAAGCGGCGGUGGCGACGGCACGGGUGUCGAGGGCGGUGGUGAGAGCGAGGUGCUGGCGGACCGAGGCCGCAUCAUCCAGUGUGUGGCUGCAGCCAUGCGGGCGGCGUUCGGGGAGGCGGCCAGCGUCAACCUCAAGAAGCCCGACGUGGCGGUGGUGGUGGAGGCGAUGCCGGUGGCGGGCCGUCGCUUCGCCGGUGUGAGCCUACUGGGGUCACACCUCGUGCUGGCCAAGGGCAAACUACAAGUCAAGCCACUCAGCAACAACACGCCCACGCAGCCCAAGCCGGGCAAGGCCAGUGGCAAGGCGGCUGAUAAGUAGCGAGCUGGCCAAGAUGGAAAGAAGCCGCUUGCAUCAAUGCGCGUGUCGUGCACCGCGAAGUGCGGGCUGCGCGGUUUGCGGCGCUUGAUACCAUAUGCGCUGUGUGCAUGUUGACGUGUAAAAGUGUGGACGUGUGGAUUGAAGUGCGGAUGUGUGGAUGCUUGGCACCUUGGGGGAGGGAGGCGCGGCAUUCGGCCGCGCGCAACGCAGCCGCUCAAGCCGCGCGCUGCGUCACUGCGUGCGCUGCUUGGGGUGAGCUGCCUGUUGCGUUGUAUCUGGGGCGGCCCAGCAUUCACAGACACGCAGUGCAGGUGAUACAGAAUGGGCGUGAGGGUAUUAGGCCACCUUUAUUACGUCUCCAAAUUUACACCAGUCGAUUUAAUUAGAGCCCUUGACAGCAUGCUCCCUGUGCCAGUCCUCUCCUGCUGGAAACCGUCUCAAAAGUCGUGUGCCGUUACCGCGUUACGCCACACUUGCAAGGUAUCGCUGGGGUUGCGCGUCCUCUGAGAGCUGGUGCACCCUUUGGAGCAGUGAGAGCUUGCUAUUCCAUGCGCUCGAAAGUUGAGCAAUUACAAGCAACCUGAGCCUGUAACCAACGAUGCAU